GCAUUAAAAUUAGAAUGGAGAGUCGACUGCUGAAUCGGGGGAGUUUUUCCGGUGUUUUUUUGUUGUUGUUGUUGUUUUUUAAGCCUAAUUCACCUUAAGGAAUCUCAAAACCAGCCACAAGGGAAAGAUCUGUGAAUUUUUGUAAUGGAAAGCGGUAGCCUCUAGGGCCCAGAGGAUAUGCAGAGAGGCAUUUUCUCUUGCUGGUGCAGCUGAGAGCGAGCGAGCGAGCGAGAGCGAGACCUGGAAAUGAAAGUAAAGAGAUCAGGAGGCACAUGGAGGGAGCUGCAGGGGCAGCCGAUCCAGAAGCAGAAUGCUGCCUUCUGUAAUUAAAUAGCACUUACUAUUAUUAUUACUUCUAGUAAUAAUACAUUAAUAAUAUCUCUAGUAAUACAAUACCAUUUAUCAAGGAAAGUUUACACAUAGUGUGGGGGGAAAACCCGAGGAGAGCAAGUAUAAUGGAGAGACAGAAGAGAAAACAAGAAAUAGAGAAAGGACUUCAGUUCAUUCAGUCCACAUUACCCCUAAGUCAAGAAGAUUAUGAGGCCUUUUUGCAGAAGCUGGUGAGAAACUUGUUUGCAGAGGGCAAUGAUUUGUUUCGAGAGAAGGAUUUCAAGCUUUCGCUGGUACAGUAUGUAGAAGGGCUGAACGUGGCAGAUUACGCAGCCUCUGACGAGGUGACCAUCCCAAAGGAACUUCUCUGCAAGCUACAUGUCAACCGAGCUGCCUGCUACUUUGCCAUGGGAUUGUAUGAGAAGGCACUGGAAGACAGCGAGAAGGCUUUAAGUCUUGAUAAGGAGAACAUACGAGCGCUAUUCCGGAAAGCCCGCUCCUUAAAUGAGCUUGGAAGACACAAAGAAGCGUAUGAGUGCAAUAGCCGAUGCUUGCUGUCCCUCCCACAUGAUGAAAGCGUCACACAACUGGGACAGGAACUUGCCCAGAAGCUGGGAUUGAGGGUUCGAAAAGCAUACAAAAGACCUCAGCAGGAAUUGGAAACAUUCUCGCUACUCAGUAAUGGCACAUCAAUCAAUUUGUCAAACCAGACUACUUCCAAUGGAUUGGGUUCGAUAGAUGACAUCGAAACAGACUGCGCUAUGGACCUGCAGUGCCUCCCGGCUCCUGUGGCCGCCUCCAUCCCUGUGAAUGAUGGGCUGGCCCCUUUGCCCUCUGACGCAGAUGCAAAGGGCUUGCCUACCUCGCUCCCUGCUGCCAGCUUGCUCCCAUCUCCAGACUGUGUACCUUUGCCAGUGCCUGAGAGCGUGGAGGACUUCACAGAUGGGGACAUCAUUGGGGAAGAACUGGACUCCCUCCUGGACUCCCUUGCUGAAGGGUCACCAUACCCUCUAUCUCUGGUCCAGGGCACCAUUCCUGCCAACCUGCCAACCGAGAUGCCCCAGUUGAUUCCUGUGUUUCCGGGGGGAACUCCGCUGCUGCCUCCAGUCGUGACAGCCAGCAUCCCUGUCUCCACCCCUCUGCCACCCGCCUCCUUUGGCCUGGUGAUGGAUCCCACCAAGCAGCUCUCCUCCUCCUCUGUCCUGGAUGCCUUCGAGGCCCCACCAGGAGGAAGUGGUGGCUCUACUUUAGAUUCGCUGGAUUCCCUGGAUCUGCUUCCCUACACAGACACACGGCUCGAUGCCCUGGACUCCUUUGGGACAAGCAGAGGGUCACUGGAUGCCUUGGAUUCCUUUGCCAUUGAAGAAACUAGCUCUCAGGAACUGCGACACCCACCUGGCAGCCAAAAACCAUCCCCCGUGGUCAGCCUUGGUGGAGUGAGUCAUCCAGCUGUGCCCAAGGUCACCGAGCACCUGCUGUCCCAGCCAGAACCAGUAAUGCCCAACACAGCCCUGCUAGUGAAGAACCCACUGGCAGCUACUCACGUCUUCAAGCAAGCCUGUCAUAUCUGCUACCCCAAAACAGGGCCCAAGGCUGGUGAUUACACCUAUCGGGAAGGCUUGGAGCACAAGUGCAAGCGGGACAUCCUGCUGGGCAGGCUGAAGAACUCAGAAGAUAAGACCUGGAAGAGGAUCCGUCCUCGCCCAACAAAAACCAACUUUGUAGGAUCCUAUUACCUGUGCAAAGAUAUGCUUAACAAGCAGGACUGUAAGUACGGGGAUAACUGCACCUUCGCGUACCACCAGGAAGAGAUCGACGUGUGGACGGAGGAGAGGAAGGGGACCCUCAACCGUGACCUCCUCUUUGACCCGCUAGGUGGGAUCAAGCAGAGCAGCCUCACGAUUGCCAAGCUCCUCAAGGAACAUCAGGGCAUCUUCACCUUCCUCUGUGAGAUUUGCUUUGACAGCAAACCCCGGAUUAUCAGCAAAGGGACCAAGGACACACCAUCUGUCUGCUCCAACCUUUCUGCCAAGCACAGUUUCCAUGACAACAAGUGUCUGGUCCACAUUGUGCGUUCCACCUCCCUGAAAUAUUCCAAAAUCCGUCAGUUCCAAGAGCACUUCCAGUUUGAUGUGUGCCGACAUGAGGUGCGUUAUGGCUGCCUUCGUGAGGACAGCUGCCAUUUUGCUCACAGUUUCAUUGAGCUCAAGGUCUGGCUGCUGCAGCAAUAUUCAGGAAUGACCCAUGAAGAUAUCGUGCAGGAAUCUAAAAAGUACUGGCAGCAGAUGGAGGCACAUGCCAGCAAACCAGCCAACAGCAUGGCUUCUCCCCGGACUCCCACAUCAAGCACCUUUGACCUCCAGAUGAAAUUUGUGUGUGGCCAGUGCUGGAGGAAUGGGCAGCUGGUGGAGCCAGAUAAAGACCUCAAGUACUGUAGUGCCAAAGCCCGCCACUGCUGGACAAAGGAACGCCGUGUCCUGCUGGUGAUGUCCAAAGCAAAGAAGAAGUGGGUGUCAGUCCGACCACUGCCUCCCACCCGCAACUUCCCACAGCAAUAUGAUUUGUGUAUCCAUGCACAGAAUGGCAGGAAAUGCCAGUAUGUGGGCAACUGCUCCUUUGCCCACAGCCCUGAGGAGAGAGACAUGUGGACCUUCAUGAAAGAAAAUAAAAUACUAGAUAUGCAGCAGACCUAUGACAUGUGGCUAAAGAAACACAAUCCCGGGAAGCCUGGAGAGGGAACACCACUCACCUCGCGAGAAGGGGAGAAGCAGAUCCAGAUGCCCACCGACUAUGCUGACAUCAUGAUGGGCUACCACUGCUGGCUCUGCGGGAAGAACAGCAACAGCAAGAAGCAAUGGCAGCAGCACAUCCAGUCGGAAAAGCACAAGGAAAAGGUCUUCACCUCAGACAGUGACUCCAGCUGCUGGACCUACCGCUUCCCCAUGGGCGAAUUCCGGCUCUGCGAAAGGUUCCAGAAGAAUAAGGCCUGUCCUGAGGGAGAGGAGUGUCGCUACGCCCAUGGCCAGGACGAACUGACGGAGUGGCUGGACCGGAGGGAAGUGCUGAAACAGAAACUGGCCAAAGCCCGCAAGGACAUGCUGCUCUGCCCCAGGGAUGACGACUUUGGGAAAUACAACUUCCUAUUGCGGGAUGGUGUAUAGUAAGGGCAGGAGGAGCCUGUCAGCUGCAGAAAUACAGGGUGGGUUUUCCGAGUGGCAGUAGCAGGGAGAGCAAGAUCUAUGUUUUGCAAAGAGAACUUUUUCUUUUCUUUUGUUUAAAGAUUAUGAGAUGAUGAUUUAUUAGUGAUGAAUGAAUUUGUGAAUUUGAUUCUCCUUGGCCAGCGAACGCCAUGCUCACCGAGUUUGUGAUCCAUCUUUUCUCCUUUCUUUCCCCCAAAUUCUCCCUCCACUCCAUCUUUUUAUUUUCACUGUCCAAAGGAAUUAAUUCAGUUUGUACUGGGCUGCAAAACAGAGCAUUUCUCCUUGUGUCACUACUCUGUCCUUCAGAGUACAACUGUGCAGGUCUGGAGGACAGAGCUGAGAGAAAGGGCCAGAGAAGUUGUGGAUGCCCCAUCCCCCGAAGUUUUCAAGGCGAGGUUAGAUAGAGCUCUGACCAACAUGGUCUAAUGGAAGGUGUUCUUGGACAGGGGGAUUGGUACUAAAUGGUGUUUAAGGUCCCUUCCAACGCAGGCCAUUCUACGAGUCUAUGAUUUUAUGAUAUCUGGUGAAAAGAUGACCAUGAAUUUCAUGUGCUCCCUUUUUCAGUGCUGCAGAGCAAACCCCACUCAUCCUGCUGCAGCCUUCCUGCUCUCCUGGGAGUUCAAUACCAGAAGAAUUAGGAAUUGAAGUACAAAGAAGGAAAACCACUAGAUCUGGCUUUAAAACAUCUAGGCUUAAGCUCCUGCUGUCUGUAUUGCCCUGUGGCAUAAACUGGUGUUGAGGAAGAUAACAGCCUGUGGUGUAGCAGUGCGGGUAAAAGCAGCAAACUAAUGAAACUGCUUGCAGCAGCAGGAACUGUGUUGUAGGUGACUUCAGACUGUUCCAGCUGACUGUAUCCAGAAAUCAAAUUGGUGACUCUUCAUUAGAUGUCUUUCUCACUGUGUGGCAAGUAUUCAGGGUAAAUAGUUUUGGUUUUGUUUUUUUGGCUGAUGGGACUACUGCAAGUAAGAUUGAACCUAUAUAGAAGGUGUAGUGGAGUCUGUGACAGACCCUGUGUCACUGUAGUCCAUGCAGCAGUAUCAGUCAGGAGGAGGGCUGUAACCAAAAGGAGCCUGUGUUUCUGUGUUGCCUUGUGUCCUGAAGAGAAGGAAGGGAGGUAAUGGUGUUCCCUUUUUGCUCUUUAAAUGAUGUGUACUUCUGGUUACUUAGAGCUGUGUUUUUCCCUGCGCUGCCAGAAGACCUGGAUGGGAACCUAUUUAAAAGGACACCAUCAAGCAGUGAUGGAGCAUGGGCAAUAUUUAGCCGAUGAUAAUCCAUCUGGAACCACUUACCAGCACCAGAGGUCCAGCUCCCUCCUCCUCAGAGCCGGGGCAGGGAGCUUGCAGAUGCACAGUGCAGCCAGGACGUGACCCAGGGCAGGGACAGUGUUUGAGAGUGAGUGGCACAGUGGGACCCAGCCAUGCACCUGCUCCUGCCCUGCCUGAUGUAUGCUGUGAUGGGGGAACCAGUGAUGGUGAGCUCUGGGCCAGGAUUUUUGGCUUUUAUAGUGGCAGCAGGAAGAGGCAGUACUGCUCGGAAUGCCAGCCUUGUCCUUUCUGGUGGUCUCUUCCUGUAAGCAGUAAACAUGUGUCCUGUCCUGAGCUUCCCUCUCCUCUCUUCUGCAGUCCAGCUGUGCUUUGCAGUUUUGUAUGCAGGGAUGGCACCAUCCACUCAAACACAAACACAUCUCCCUCUCAGCCUUCACCAGGGAUGUCUUUUUCAUACGGAGUCUCCCUGGACAGCAAUCUUGGACUCCUUGGGGCUGGCAGUGCUGUGUAGAUGGUAAAUACAAUCUGACCGUGAAGUGCUUGGUGCUUUGGCAUUGCCAGGUCUCCCUCUUUCCUCCCUGCUCCCAUAUCAUUGAGGUUC